AAUUCAUGCUAAUAAGUUGAUUGACCGAUACUAUUCUUUUUCGUAUUUGAUUUGAAGUUUGAAGAAUCAACUUCAUACAGUAUUCAUACUAUACACGUCGCAAACUAUUAUUUUUGCAACUACAGCCUAAUCCCUAAUCGACAUUGACGAUGCAGUGGUACCUGCUUUCCUUAUGCCUCGUACUUGUCCUGCCACCAGCGUACUCUAAUUCUCUCAGCGGUACGGUGGAAUUAAACGAUUAUACCUUUGAUAAGAUCCUCAAAAAGUUUGAUGCUACACUGGUGAAGUUUGAUGUGGCGUUCCCCUAUGGCGACAAGCACGACGCUUACACCGCACUGGCAAAAGACGCGAAGGAAGAGGACGAUUUGCUGAUCGCCGAAGUGGGAGUGAAGGAUUACGGAGAUAAGGAUAACGAAGCGUUGGCGAAGAAGUACGGCGCUACGAAGGACAACUUCCCGGUAGUAAAGCUGUUUUUAAAAGGGAAGAAGGAGCCGAUCACUUUCAACCCGGAUAAAGAGUUUACCAGCGAUGAGCUUCGUCGUUUUGUGCGGGAACACACCGGGGUGCACCUAAGCCUGCCGGGCUGCGUGCGGAGCCUUGAUAAGCUGGCUGUUAAGUUCAUGAAGGCUGACAAGGAAGACAGGAAGAAGGUUCUCAAAGAUGGUGAAGAUACCUUCAAAAAAUUGCCUAGCAAGCAAGCUAACUCUGGAAAAAUUUACAAGACAAUCAUGGAGAAGAUCAUUGAGAAAGGUGACGGGUUUGUCAAGACUGAACACGAACGAAUCACCAAGCUGCUCAACGGCAAACUCUCGGAAGAGAAAAAGAAGGAGAUGGGGCAGAGAAUCAACAUUCUUCAGACUUUCCAGUUGCAUGAGACCGAAGCAAAAAAAGAAGAGCUGUGAUUUAAAUAAUUUUCAACUUACACUUAAAUUCCUACUAUUAUAAAUUAUUCCCUCUUUAUAUAAAUAAGAUAUGGAGUAACAAGAACAAUCUAGUAUUCCUACAGGGUGUCAUUUAAAAUAAUUUUAUGUGUGUCUUUUGCACUACUGAGACAUUCCAAAUUCAAAGUAAUAUAUUUCACAAUUAUAUUUAUAUAAUUUUAUAUCCUAUAUCAACUAGGCAACUUGAAACUACUAAAAUCCAUCAAUGGGUAACACAGCUGAUCUUACAAGCUAGCAUCAGUCAAAAACUACCAUCAUCUUAAGACAGACAUGCAGUGUCACAAGACUUGUGAUAUGACUGUUGUGCUAGCCUUAUGGGAGGACUUUUUAAAAUGGGCCAGUGGCAACUAGCAUAAGAUAGGAAUAAAUUAAUAUAGCACAAACUUGCAUUAUACAUUUUGACUGAUUGGGCCUCUUAAACACUAAUUAAUAAUUUAGGGUCUUAAAAUUCUACAAAAAUCACACCAGUGUGUCAGAUUUAAUCAACUUCAGAAGUUUGAUAUUUAUUUUAAAAUAUAACUCUUUCGUUAUGUUGUUUUGUUAGUGUUAGGUACUUGGUAAUCCGGCAUCUGAAACUUUCACCUGUCGGAUCGUUAGAACUGCUUGAUUAUUGGAUUUAUAUGGUAAAUAAAAGAUUUAUAUAGAAAAUAUAUUCUACAUAUCAAAUGCAACAACAUCCGGCAUUAGCCUGCGUAAAGUGCCGAUUAUAGAGCUUGACACCUGAGUCGCUUAUUUGCCUGAAUAGUAUUUAAGUAUGUUAUUGUUUGCUCAGAGAAGAGCUAAAACAGCCCUAACUCCUAUAUGACUCAUCAUUAGAGCUAAAUACUCGGCUUCAUAUGUGACGUUUGACGGGGAAAGGUAUAUGCGGUGCGCGACGCAAGCGCCAACCGCCAUAAGGUACGUUUACUCGUGGAACGUCACAUAUUUAAUUCAUGUAUCACAUUGUAUGAUUACCAGAAUAUGAGCAUUGGAUUAAAACAUACACGUGUUUUGUAACGUGGAAAUGCUUACCUCGUUUUUACGGUUCGCCGCUCAUAAAACCUGGCCAUUGUUUAGUAUCCAGUCAGUCGAGUUUCGCAAUAGGCCGAAUUGAACUAUUAUUGCUCGGCAUUGUACUUAUUUGUGUACUUGCUUAUGCAUAAUUUUAAUUUUGCACAAUGUGUGAUAAAUGUGUUAAAUACAUUAGUGUGUAAUAUUU